GGCUUGAACCAACCAGAAAUCCGCGUGGCGCCGUCGUCAACGUCACUGGUCCGCAUCAGAUUUUUGCUUCUUUUUCCAGUGUAUCCAUUGAUUUAUCUCCGCCAUUUCGAUCUCUGCCCAUUUUGACAUUUGCCAACCUCCGUCUGAAAAGGUCGAUAGAGUCUAGAACGAAUCUUUUGCGAAUCACGGUUUGUUUUGUGCCUUCAGCUCUGGAGAAUGUGUGUUUAGAUCUCACGUCAACGGUCGUAAAGUCUGAUGCCGAGUCUCGACCAGGUCUGUACGAAAUUAAAUGCUGCGGCAUGACGUAGUUGAUGAGACGUUGAGCAACCAUCCCACUCACGCUCACCGUUUUGAUACUGUUGUAACGUCUUGAUAGCCCGCCCAGUAACGGAGUUUCAGCUGAAAAGCCAUCCGCCCAAAGGCAAAAGCUGAAUCGGAACCAUGCCAUAUCCCGGCUUCGGCUAAUGUCAAAAAAAGGCUGCCUCUCCGCUAAGCGAUUUGAUCUUGUGUCGAUGAUUUUGUUUCAAGGCUGUCUCGCUCAUGCUCUCUCCCUUGUUGCGAGAUGAUUUCAGGGACCGCUGCUUAGACUAAGGCAAAGCUUGACACAAAUAUCAGAAACGUAAUGCUCAAUUAUAAGCAGGGUGCUCGGGCUUAUGCGAGGAUUGUCUGGUGCAUGUCACUCCGACGCCCUUGUCCGAGUCGCGGACGAAGCUAUCCAGCUUAUCGGUAUUCCAUAUUCCACCGGCCGAAGCUUAACAAGCCUCGAUUAUCAACCAAGCCCUGCGAGAAUACAGUAGCUGCCGUUUCCUUACGGUUCCUGAUUAGGGCAUCUAACGGACGCUAAGAGCACACCCUUGCAGAUGGAAGCCUCAGACACCAGACAUCUUUCUCACCGUCACGUCUUUGCUUCAAUCCACAUCGAAGGGCCUGGACCCUGAGAUCAUCCCCUCCAUAACGGAUAGAUUUGUCAAAUCAACGCUUCAACUAGGGUUGCACGCGAGUAGAGCAAUUCAUCAGCGGCGCUUGCGAUUAUUCUAAACAAAGACCCAACAGCAUGGCCUCAAUCUUGAAAGGACCAAGGCGAAAACAAUCUCACUCAAGUCUUUGCAGACAAAAUACUCUCAGAGUGGAACUGUUCGAGUAGGAAUCGAAACUUUAAUCGCUUACCGCUAGUUGUUCGCGGAAACAUGGCGUUGAUUUCCAACUUCAGCCAAGGCUGUGUGCCAGCGAGACGCCGCCUUACAGUACUAGCCUCAUCGAAGCAAGGCGGACCCUUGAAUUUCUGAGCUUUAGCAUCUUGGGCGGGAGGGGCACGAGACUGACAACAAACUGUUGUUUUAGCCAGGAGAUGCCUGACAGAACUAGAUUUAUCCCACUUUGACAGUUUGCCAUGUUCAACAAACCUGCAGAAUCGUUCCCACGGGAAAUGGAUAUCGAAAGAUCCACUGAAGUCUGACUGAGUCCCGAACGCCUUGUGCGCCUUGUGCAAUAGAGGUCUAUGCUACCUCAGUGACGUAUGAUGGACCGUUCUCGAUGCUCAGGCUGUGCUUCAGCUGAGCAACAACGCACAAGCCAGUGUGUUCUAGACACAGGGUAUGACAUCGUCGACUUGCCAUGAGCCUCUUUCUUAUGGAAAUUAUCAUUGUCGAUAAUCAGCUGUGGUUCUGUCUAGACAUAGUAUCCCUGCCGUCGAUGCGUCCAGGCAUGUCGAUUAUGCAAGACGGUGUUGACACGAAGCAGUUCGGUUUCUAAAUAAGGCAGGAAGAAUAACUGCAGUUUUAAUUGAUUACAUGGCCUCUUUGGUAGCCACUCGGGUGGGAUGUGGGAGUUGAGGGUUCUCUGUUCCGACUGGUUGAAUAACCUCGAGAUGGGUGGUACCCUGACCUUAGUCUUUGUUCUUCAAAAUCAGGGAGGACAGAAUCACUCCCAAUGAUAUUGUUCUGCGGUUGAUACUUUUCGUAUAUUUAUGAGAGACGUCAUGGUGGACUGUUGUGAAUGAUUUGUACCGUUUUGAGUGCUCAGUCCGAGUCCCAGUUGUCCAGCGUCAUUCAAGCCAAAGCUAUUGCAAAGCUAUCCAUUAUAGGGACUGUUCCGAUACUAUGCUACGAUUAUACAUUUGAGCUUAGUCACUACAUCACCGAUGACCAACUGACUCGUAACCACCUACUCGACAGUCCGUCACAAGUACAUCACCAAAAACACAUACAUAUCAAGAUCACGAUUCAACCCCAAGCCCUCAAUCCUCGAUCCUCGAUCCUUGUCACCGCCAGAGAAUCAACUCAUAUCAAAUGCCCAAACAGUCAUCCUCAUCUUGAUCGCAAAAUAAAAGCAUCGGGCCUCACCGGUAGAGCUAUCAGCUGACCAAAGCACUUAUACCCGUGCGCUGGAAAUACCUGUUUUUAAUGGGAAUACCAAGCUUCGAUUGCUGUUCUAGACUCGAGCAUGAAUCUGUUUAGCGUGACACGCGACUCGAGCUCUUGAAACUCUGGCAGUUGUCGGGGCGCCCGAGCGGCGUCUGAUAGAGCUCAAGUGGGACGGAACGACACGUCUUGAUCGUUAGUUUGAACGUUUUGAAGGGUUAAAAACGCCGUGGCUGGUCACUGAUAUGUAGGGGGACUCAUCAAUAGUACAGCAAAACGAGGGAAUGGUGGUUAGUCUCCAUAGAAUUCAUGUAACUAUAUGCCUAACUAUGAGUAUAUUUACAUAACUUCAAUGAGGAUUAAGAUCAGGGACCCAAACCUUGAACUUUAUGGUCAUAAACUAGCCGUAAGACGCCUAAACUCAACAUCAUAUAUGAAGCCUUCACGUCAUAUCAUGUUUUGCAUAUCU